GAAAAAUAAAAAUAAAUAAAACUAAAAAGGAGAACAAAGACUGCCGUCAUUAUCCUCCACAAAAGAACAAAGUGGAAUCCAACCCCGCCUUUCCCAUCACAAAGUCAUGGAUUUCCAAAGUGAAAUUCCGGAGGAAAUUUGAGGAGUAUCCGGAUCCGGAGAAAGAGUGAAAGAAAAAAAGAGGCAACGUGGAGAUACGAUCAAAGGAAGAGCUGAAAGAGACACAGGCAGACGGCAGGAGAAGAUGGGGGAGCAACCAAUUUUUAGCACCAGAGCCCACAUAUUUCAGAUUGAUCCUGCCACCAAGAGGAACUGGAUCCCUGCCAGCAAGCAUGCCUUGACAGUGUCCUAUUUCUAUGAUGCUACUCGCAAUGUCUAUCGGAUCAUCAGUGUGGGAGGCACCAAGGCCAUCAUCAACAGCACCAUCACUCCCAACAUGACCUUCACAAAGACCUCGCAGAAGUUUGGCCAAUGGGCAGACAGCAGAGCCAACACAGUGUAUGGGCUGGGGUUUGCUUCUGAACAACAUCUCUCUCAGUUUGCAGCAAAAUUCCAAGAGGUAAAAGAAGCUGCCCGCUUGGCAAGAGAGAAGUCACAGGAUAAGACUGAACUAACCAGCCCUGCUCUCAGUUUGACUUCCCACCAAAUUCUGGCCAGCCCCGUCAUUAGUUCUAAUGGUCCUGGAGAUGACAAGCUGUUCCGGAGCCAGAGUGCUGACAUGGAGACGACAACAGAAAGAGAGCGGAUUAAAAAAAUGCUCUCUGAAGGGUCUGUUUGUGAGGUCCAGUGGGAAGCUGAAUUUUUCACCCUGCAAGACAACAACAACAAACUGGUGGCUGCCUUGCAUGAAGCUAAUGCCAAUGUGGAGCAAUGGAAGCAGCAGCUGGCAGCAUAUCAGGAGGAGACAGAAGCACUGCGCCAACGAGUGGCAGAGCUGGAAGCCCAGAGAAGCCACAAUUUCUCAAGCGAUGUCAAGAAAGAGACCUGUCCAGCUCUGGAAGAGUUGGAACAGUUGGUGAAGGCCAAAGAUGAGGAGCUUCAGCAACUGAAAAGCCAAAAAGGGCUGCAGCAGCAACCAGAUGAUGAAUAUGAGGAAACCCGCCAAAAGGUGCAGGACCUAGAGAGACAGAACACAGACCUGGAGCAGCGCUUGCACUUGGCUGAGCAGUCCCUCUCUGAGACCCUUUCUGAACGGGAGAAGAUGUACCAGGAGGUGGCCAAGGUGGCAGAGAUCAUGGACAUGAAAAUCUUUGAGCUGAGUGAGCUCAGGCAGGAUUUGGCUAAACUUGUGGAGAGCAACUAAACCUGGAAAUAGAGGAAGAGCCAACCCUCCUUUAACACUGGCUUGGUGGGAGUGGGCUAACGAUAUGGAUAUGAAGUGAAGGCUGGUUGACUUAUACAGUGAUUGUGUCCUUUCUCCUCCGUGGACCUCCUUUGGAGAAGCAAGCCUAGAGGAGGCAGUGACUGGAGAGCACCUCCAAGCCAAUUUCUCCAGCCUUAUUUUCCUUUCAGAUGCUUCAAUUUCUAUAAACCAUGAUGUGUUUUUUGCCUACACUGAGGCAGUACAUUGGGUUUUUCCACCCCAGUAGUUUUUGAUAGGGAACUCUUAACUCUUCCCCUCAGCCAUCCCAAGGAACCAGUGGCUGAGUCAAAAUUCCCCUAUUGUUCCUGUAACCCUUGUGUUGUGUCUCUUAGCAAGACUGCUUUUUAUAGAUUACUAAAAACUUCCAUAUGCAGUCAAGCACUCAUAGGGAAUCCUGAAUCCACUUUGGGAAGAAAUCGUGAGAAGGGAUGACUUUGUUUUCUCUUCUUCUUUUAUUGUAUGGAUUUGUAGGGGUGGGGGGGUGUUUGUUUUUUCUCAAAACAAGCAAUGGAUUUUUCUUAGUUAGCAAAUCUGCAAACUAUGAUAUUCAGCUCAAAAAACUGGGAAAAAAAGGCAAGAGGGGGAGGGUGUGAAUGCCACAGAGAAAGGCUACCCCUAGGAGGGAGUGGGCAGGCUGGACCAACUGUCAGUCUGGCAGCUGCCAAACUCUGAUGAAUUAGGAUAGAAUGAAGGAACCUUCUUUCUCUUGGUCUGACAAAGAAAUGCAAUUCACACACAGCACCAAGCAAUAGAUCCAGAAGUGGGGGCAGGAGGGGUGUUGGCAGGAACACAAGUUCUAGCAUGCAUUGAUAUGAUUUAGCUUCUUUCAGCCUGGCACCAUGCUGGUGAAUUCCAACAUACUUGGAGGGCACCUGGUUAGGAAAGACAUUCUUGAUUUAAUUCCCUUUCCCUUGGCUUUGUUACACAAAGCGCAUCCUAGGUCAUAGAGAGGAAGCUAACCUGUCAUGAGAACACCCUAACUCAGAUAAAUAUACUAGGGGAUCAGUUUUGCCGUCAAACAGCCCUGGAUUUGCUUGGAGCUCAAGUCAUUCUCCCUGGUGAACCAAUAUGGCUUCCUUAGGAAUCAACUGAUGUUUUCCCAUUCUGAAGUAAAACUCUAGAAAGGCUUCAUAGAAAGGGGGCGCUCUAGGCACUCCAUGUCUGCCAUAAGUUUGUGUUUUCAUGCCCUGCAAUCCUCUGGGGAUGGAAAAUGAGGCAGAAAGGGGUGUGGUAAUCCUUGCUACCUUGGCACCAACUUUAUGGCACCAUGGAUUUGUCCCUAGGUUGUUUUUUUUUUCACUCCAGUGGCAAAAGAAUGAUGGGAAGCAACAGGACCCAGCUCCUUUGGCAGCGACUGAGAAGACUAAAAGAACGGCUAUUGAACUGACAUAUAUAUCCCAGAUUGUGCCCUAGUGGCACAUAGAAGGCAGGCAGCUGGCCAGGGGAGGAGAUGACUGGGCUAGCCAUGGGCGAGCAGUCUAGAUCUGCCUAUGAUACAGAAGAGCCUUUGAGAAUCCCGCACGCUUCUGAAAGGAUAGCGACAGCUUCUUGUUAAAAGAUCCCUCAAAAUGGGCUGAGCGUUGUUUUCAGGGAUGUGAUCUGAAAAGAGAGCAAGUCCCACCCUGCUCUUUCUACCCCCAUCCCCAAUUUCCCACUCAUCCCUCAAGAACACAAGUUCCUGGGCUUAGUUACAAGGUUAACACAGUUCUUGAGCUCAUCUGGGUACUGUUUGCAGUUUGGUAAGACGGUAAUAAUGGUGUUAGUGAAAGUUUUUAUUGAUAUAGCUUUUCUCACUUUGGUUUAGUGCUAUAUGGUUGGAACAAUGACCCAAGAAGUGAU